CCCUUCCAUCUCCCAGACUCUCCCCAUCUAUCUCUCCUCUCUACUCUUCCCAUGUCGUAUUCCGUACGCGUUGCUGGGGCCCUGGCGGCCCUCGCCGGGACCGCCCGGGCGGUCUCCUCGUUGAGCGAGGCCUGCACGGUGGCCAAGGUCCAGGCGGCCCUGCCUGCAGACGGGACCUUCAACGGUCUCUCGCUGAGCGCCGACUCGGUGACGGCCAACACCGUGUACAACGUCUCGUACACCGGACAGACCUUCUUCCCGGACACGACGAUCAACUACUGCAACGUGACCUUCACGUAUAGCCAUGACGGUGCCGACGAUGAGGUCCAGCUGGAAUACUGGCUGCCCGCGCCGGCCGACUUUGCGAACCGGUUCCUGACCACCGGCGGCGGCGCCUACGACAUCAACUCGCAGGGCUCGUCCAACCCGGGCGGCGUCAUGUACGGCGCUGUGGCGGGCAUGACGGACGGCGGCUUCGGCAGCUUCGACACGGCCCUGGACAGCAUCUUCCUGCUGGGCAACAGCUCGACCAACUGGCCCGCCGUGUACAUGUUCGGCUACCAGGCCCUGCGCGAGCUGACCCUGAUCGGCCAGAACUUCACCGCCAACUUCUACAACACCUCUGACCACAUCUACACCUACUACCAGGGCUGCUCCGAGGGCGGCCGUGAGGGUUGGAGUCAGGUCCAGCGGGCCGGCGAUCUCUACGACGGCGUCAUUGCGGGCGCCCCGGCCCUGCGCUACGGCCAGCAGCAGGCCAACCAUCUGUUCGCAGCCGUCGCGGAGGUGGUCGAGGGCUACUACCCGCCCCCGUGCGAGUUUGACAAGCUCGUCAACCUCACCAUCGCCGCCUGUGAUCCGCUGGACGGCAAGACGGAUGGCGUGGUGUCUCGCUCCGAUCUCUGCCAGCUGCACUACAAUCUCUCUUCUGCCAUCGGUGAGCCCUACUACUGCGCCGAGAGCACGACCAUGGACAUCUCCGGCGCCGGUGGUGACGGCGGCAUGAUCACCCUGCCGGCGCAGAACGGCACUGUCUCUGCUGAGGGUGUCGCCCUGGCCAAGACGCUGCUGGCUGGUCUGCACGACUCCAACGGCAAGAAGGCUUAUAUCUAUUAUCAGAUGGGUGCCGAGUAUGGUGAUGCCACCACCACCUGGGAUAACACGACCGAAAGCUGGGCUGUGGACCUGACUUCCAACAGCGCCGAAUGGAUCACCUUGUUCCUGGAGCUGAAGAACACCACCGACCUGUCUCUCGAUGGCGUGACGUACGACACCGUCAAGCAGUGGAUGAUUCACGGAAUGGAGCAGUACUACGACUCCCUGCAGACCACGCUGGCCGACCUGACCCCCUUCUACGAGAACGGCGCCAAGAUCAUCCACUUCCACGGCGAGCAGGAUCCGUCUAUCCCCACGGGAUCGUCCAUCCACUGGUACGAGUCCGUCCGCAGCGUCAUGUUCCCCGACAUGCAGUACAACGCCAGCGUCGCGGCCAUGAACGACUGGUACCGUCUGUACACUGUUCCCGGGGCCGCGCACUGUGCCACCAACGACCUCCAGCCCAACGGGCCCUUCCCCCAGACCAACAUGCAGGUCAUGAUCGACUGGGUCGAGAACGGGAUCGAGCCCGUGACGCUGAACGCGACCUUCCUCACGGGCGAUUAUCUCGGCGAGAACACCCAGCUGUGCUCUUGGCCCCUGCGCCCUUACUGGAACGACAACACCAGUCUCAUCCCCGACUGUGUCUAUGACCAGGCGAGCAUCGAUACUUUCAUGUACAAGUUCGAUGCCUACAAGCUGCCUCUUUACUAGAGAUGUGUCUUGAUGAUUUAUUAUAAAUAAGAAUUAAUGUGGUAAUUAUUUCU